UUCCAUUUCCAUAAAUUGGUAAAUAAAUUUAAUUCUUGAUUAUUAUAGACUAUAGUACUAAAACUAAAUCUUAUUCUAAAGAUUAAUCAUUAAUACUCAUUAAAAAAAAUGUGUAGCUUGAUGAUAGGUGUUCCUACGUCCUGUACGAUUCACAUUCACUCAAUUUUGCAGGUAAUAAUUGUGAUAAAUUAUCAAUAAAAUAAUUCAGUAAUUAAUAAAAUGUCACGAAUUACCAUCACUGGUGAUCCUACAGUACAUGAAUAUAUAAACAGAAAUGUGGAAACAGAUAAUAUGCAUCCCGCAAUAUUAAGAUCAGAAAUUGAAGCAAGACCUUUGAGACCCAGAACAUAUGUUCCUAAUUCAUUACCUCUUACUAAUACUGCUGCUCCUCGAGGUUAUACACCAAGCCCUACCCAAAAUGGUGAAAUUCCACAUCAAAAAUUUCCUUCAUCUAAAAUUGAUGUUAUUAAAAAUUGGAGUGUGUCAACAUAUAAAUGUACUAAACAACUAAUCAAUGAAAAACUGGGAAAAUCAUCUAAAACAGUUGAUAUAGAAUUGGAGACUGAAAUUGAGCAAUUGAGAGAAACACAAAAAAAAUAUGGAAAUAUUUUGAAAUUAGCUAAAAGCAUGGCGACACAAUUUCAAUGUUUUAUUUUAACCCAACAAUCUCUUGGAGAAGCAUUUGCUGAAUUAGGCCAAAAAUCACCAGAACUACAACAAGAAUUUGUGCAGAAUUCAGAAACUCAGAAAUGUUUAUCAAAAAAUGGAGAAAGUCUUUUGAAUGCACUCAAUUUUUUUGUUUCAUCAGUCAACACUUUGUGUAAUAAAACUAUUGAAGAUACAUUAAUUACUAUAAAACAGUAUGAAUGUGCAAGAAUUGAAUAUGAUGCUUAUCGUUCAGAUCUUGAAAUGUUGGCACAAAUGCCAAGAACCGAUUCUAAUACAGUUCGUGUUGGUGAUGCUCAGCAAAAUUAUCAACAGCACAAAGAAGAAUUUGAAAAAUUACGUUCAGAUGUGAUUGUUAAGUUGAAAUUUCUUGAUGAAAAUAGAGUAAAAGUGAUGCAUAAACAACUUUUGAUGUUUCAUAACGCAACAUUGGCAUAUUUUUCAAAUAACCAUCAAGCACUUGAAACCACCUUAAAGCAAUUUAAUGURAAACCUAAAUCACCUACUGCCCCAUCAGUAGCUGCAUCAUGGUUAGAAAAAUAAUAUAAUUAAAAAGGUGGUUCUCAAAUUUCUUUGUGUUAYUUUAAGAUUAUAAAUUCAAUUUAAAUUUAUUUAUUUUACACUGUGAUGAUCUAAUUUAUUAAUAUUCUUUAUUUUAUUGUUUUUGCUUAAUAUAAGUAAAUUACAACUAUGUGUACUUACUAUUAUCUGAAUCGAGUAUAAUUAUUACUUUUUUUUGU